UUCAUCAACAUCGUCGUCAACCUUCUGGACGCCCUCAAGACCUCCUUCAGCCACCGCGCCAUCGCCGCCCGCUCAAUUGGGAAGAAGGACUCAGUGUCGGACGCAGCUGUCGCCGGCAUCAGCGUGCUCAAGGGCUACGUGAGGACCUACAAGACUAGCGACGACAACUGCAUGCAGAAGUUCCUGUGCGAGGCCAACAGGGAGUGCGCCGCCGACCAGCAGGGCUCGAGCGCCAUCUACUGCCAGCUGGGAUCGUACGCCGCCAGCUUCUUCCUGCAGAGGUCCACGGCCACGCCAUUCGACAUGUACUACGAGGCCGGGCGCCGGGGCAGAAGCCAGGGCUACGUGAGGACCUACAAGACUAGCGACGACAACUGCAUGCAGAAGUUCCUGUGCGAGGCCAACAGGGA